CGAUACAAUAUCGCCCAUUGCUAUAGUUAAUUUCGUACCGCAGCUCGUGGUAAGCAUGUUUUCAAAUAACUAACUAAUGUGCAGGAUAAUUAUCAUUUUUAACUACUUAGCAAAGAGUCACACUUUGAGUGGCUUUCAAGUUGAUUAGACAAUAUCUUCACAGGGCAAUAUCAGUUUUAAUUGCAUAGCAAAGAGUCAGAGUUUGAAUGGCUUUUUAGCAGAUUGGACAAUAUUUCAACAUCAACAAUGCACCGGGUACUCUCUUCCAAUGUCAAUAUAGUACAAUCUGUUCGCUCUCAUCAGGCCGUAAAAUUAUAAAUAUUCUGUUUUGUUACGUUUGUGAGCUUUCGACCCGUGAUAAGAGGCUCGGGUACAAUUAAAACACAAAUGCUGAAGUGUGGAACCCGUUUGUUAUACAAUAUGCAAUCAUUCGUGUUUUACCUCCACUAGUGAUCAGUUGUGUUUUUUCGGCGAAUUGUGAAGCAGCGUAAAGAAGCGUAAAGAACAUGAAGGACAAUCUUACCGCUAUUUUGUACGGAGUGGAAGAUCUGCGUUUGGAGCAGCGUCCGAUCCCAACUCCGAAGGAUGACGAGGUCCUGCUGGAAAUGGACAGCGUCGGCAUCUGCGGAUCGGAUGUGCAUUAUCUGGCUCACGGGCGCAUUGGAGAUUUUAUUUUGCGCAAGCCAAUGGUCAUAGGGCACGAGGCAUCAGGGAUCGUGUCAAAAGUUGGUGCCAGAGUGAAACACUUGCAGGUCGGCGAUCGAGUAGCUAUCGAACCCGGCUACGGUUGUCGAGUGUGUGAUUAUUGUAAGGCAGGUCGCUAUAAUCUGUGCGACGAGAUGAUUUUCUGUGCCACGCCCCCUUAUGAUGGCAAUUUGACCAGAUAUUUCGUACACCCUGCUGAUUUUUGCUACAAGCUGCCGCCACAUGUGACCAUGGAGGAGGGUGCCUUAUUAGAGCCACUGUCUGUUGGGGUUCAUGCGUGUCGAAGAGCUCAGGUCGGACUGGGCUCAGAAGUGUUAAUUCUCGGCGCGGGGCCGAUUGGGUUGGUAACUCUAAUCACGGCGAAAUCAAUGGGUGCCGGAAAAAUUGUAAUUACGGAUCUGGUACAGAAUCGGCUGGAUGUCGCUAAGGAACUAGGAGCUGAUGCGACACUUGUGAUUGAUAAAGGAGCCGAUGAAAAGGAAGUCGUUAAGCAGAUCCACGCGCUAUUCGGUGGGGCACCGGACAAAACUAUCGACUGCAGUGGAGCGGAGGCUACCUCGAGGUUGUCUAUCUUGGCAACCCGAUCGGGUGGGUGUGCUGUUAUGGUCGGAAUGGGCCCACCGGAGGUCAAGCUACCACUGGUGAAUGCACUGGCACGAGAGGUCGACAUCCGAGGCGUGUUUCGUUACUGCAAUGACUAUCCUGCGGCGCUAAGCCUAGUGGCGAGCGGAAAAAUCAACGUAAAACGACUGAUUACCCAUCACUUUAAUAUUGAGGAGACACUGGAUGCUUUCAACACAUCUCGACAUGGUCUCGGAGGGGCCAUUAAGGUGAUGAUUCAUGUUCAACCCAAAGAUAAGAACAAUGCAAAAUAGAUCUAGGGCCUGGAGUCAAAUAAUCUAUUAAAUAAUGCGGCACUCUGGUAUGAGCAGUUGUCAAUGUUUAAUCCUCUAUUCCGCACAAUGAUUUGGGCCUUGAAUUCAAUUCCGCCCAAGUAUGAAUCUAAUUUCACAAAUCGGUGUUUUGAUGCAGAUUGAUACUCGCUAUUUAAAUAGCAUUGUUUGAAUGAAGUUGAUGUGUUUUUAUUGUUUUUGCAUGCAAAUAAAAAAUUGAAAGAAGUACUCAUAUUUUUAAAAAUUUCCGAAUCAGCUGCUCUUGAUGGUUUUUAAGUAUAGUGGAUAACACUGAUCGGCAAAAGCGAAACAAAAGGUUGCUCUAAAGCUUGAAAUAGUUGCCCUGAAAAAGAUUAUAGCUUUUUAACGAUUCCUGUGAACUUUGGAGCCCCUAAACACUUUACUGCAUAAUGUUUCCUCGAUAAAAUGAAAUACCAAGCUACCUGAAAA